AUGUUGUACGAAUUAAUUAGUAUAGUCCGUAUUGUUAGCCCAGCAACCUCUAGCAAUGAAGCCAAAGAAUUGGCCACCACAAUCGGCAAGCUUAUUAUACAAAAUAGAGGUGUUGUCAGAGAUAUAGUUCCUAUGGGGGCAAGACGUUUACCAAGUAUUAUUAAAAAAGAUCAAGAACAACAUUUUCAAGGCUACCAUUUUUUAAUGCUGUUUGAUUCCUCCUCUGCUGUCCAAUCUGAAAUUUUAAGAACGUUGAAGAAUGAUCCCCGUGUUAUUAGAUCAUCCAUUGUUAAAGUUGACAACACUAAGAACUGGGAUGUUGCAAGUUCAAUAGAUAGGGCUAAAAUGAAUCAAUCUUUCCUGGAUAAAGAAAAAGUUAAAUAG